AUAAUGGGUUUUUCGCUCAUUUUCUGAUUACAGAGAGAGAGAGGAAGAAAAAAAAAAAGAGUGGAAAAAGAGUAAAAAAGUUUCUGUGUUUCAAAAUCAAAAUCUCAAAUUUCUGAUCUUUCUUAAACUGUACAUUUUUUCCUCAGUCAAUAGUAAUCUGAAGGAAAGCUUUUGUUUCUUCUUCUGCUUGAUGCUGUCUUUUUGAUGUCUAAGCCAGUCGAGCAUGAUUACAUAGGUUUAUCAGAGCUUACCUCAGUUGAAAAAUGCUCUGAUAGAAACAACAGCAAGAAGGAUGGCUUACACUUAAAAGCUACCGAGUUGAGACUCGGGUUGCCCGGGUCAGAGUCACCGGAGAGGGAGGAUCAUGACCCUGGUGUUCUUUCAUUAAAGGGGUUUGUGUCAGGGGCCAAAAGGGGAUUUUCUGACGCUCUUGAUAGAGGUGGGAAGUGGGUUUUCUCUAGAGGUGGUGCAGGUGGAUCUGAGGGGUUGUUUUCUCCAAGAAGCAGCGGUAAUGGAGGGAAGGGUCUUGCCGGGUCGGAUGCAGGUCUGGGUAGUCCGGUUGUGAAAGAUGGAGGGUUGCAGAAGCAGGCGGUGGUCUUGCAGGAGAAGAAGCCACAGGUUGCUGCUGGUGGUGGCCAUAGGAAUGAGAUUUCUCCUGCUUCUAAGGCACAGGUGGUUGGAUGGCCACCAAUUCGUUCUUUCCGGAAGAAUUCAAUGGCCUCGCAUCCCCCAAAGAACGAUGAUGAUAAUGAUGCAGAAACUAAGAUGGGAUCAGGGUGUCUGUAUGUCAAGGUUAGCAUGGAUGGUGCGCCCUACCUCAGAAAAGUUGAUCUGAAGACCUAUGGAAGCUAUACCGAACUCUCCUCUGCACUCGAAAAGAUGUUCAGCUGCUUCACAAUUGGUCAGUAUGGUUCUCAUGGAGUUCCCAGCAGAGAUGGGUUGAGUGAAAGUCGAUUAAUGGAUCUUCUGCAUGGUUCCGAGUAUGUACUCACGUAUGAAGACAAAGAUGGUGACUGGAUGCUGGUUGGUGAUGUGCCAUGGGAAAUGUUCACUAACUCCUGUAAGAGGUUGCGGAUCAUGAAAAGUUCCGAUGCUAUUGGCCUAGCGCCGAGGGCCAUGGAGAAGUGCAAAAAUCGCAACUAGCACGAUCAAGUGAUGCAUGUCCCUACUCUGGGGUCUUCUCAUCCAAUGCUCUAAGUUACUCUCUAAAGUUGAGUUUAUUGUUAUGUUUCUGAAACGUUCAAGGCUUUGUCUAGUAAUAUUUGCCAUUAUCACCCCCAACAAAAGAAAAAGACUUGGUAGCGUGCAUGGAAAAAAAUAAGAAAACAAUGGCAGUUUGUAGUUGAGAGAAUGUAAUAUCUUUAGACAGGUUCCAGGUUUUGCAUAGGUUUGUCCUAGCCUCUAUGUUUCUCUUUCAUGUAUCAGGAGGGCAAUUGACUGCUUAAGCCUGCCUAGUUUACCAUAUGCUUGUAAAAUGUUUGCCUUCUGUGAAUUCUCUCUGAAAAACUUGUGAAAUCUACAACUGAGCCGUUGAGGUUCAUCU